GCCGGCGAUUAGAGCUGCGCUGGGUGUUCAGGGGCCAAGAUGGCGGCGCGCCGGGGACGGAGAGACGGAAUCGCGCCGCCUGCGAGUGGGGGCCCUGGCCCCGACCCUGGCGGUGGAGUGCGCAGCAGCGGUUGGGGGAGUCGGAGCCAAGCACCAUAUGGCACCGUGGGCGCUGUGAGUGGCGGGGAGCAGGCGCUGUUGCACGAGGAGGGCGAUGAUUCUGGCUUUGUCAGUCUGUCUCGGCUGGGCCCCUGUUUGAGGGACAAGGACCUGGAGAUGGAGGAGUUGAUACUGCAGGAUGGGGCGCUGCUGGGGACCAUGCACAGCUAUAUGGAUGCCUCCCUCAUCUCCCUCAUUGAAGAUUUUGGUAGCCUUGGAGAGAGCAGAUUAUCUCUGGAGGACCAGAAUGAAGUGUCACUGCUCACAGCUCUGACGGAGAUCUUGGACAAUGCAGAUUCUGAGAACCUAUCUCCAUUUGACAGCAUUCCUGACUCGGAGCUGCUCGUGUCACCUCGGGAGGGCUCCUCUCUGCACAGGUUGCUCAGCCUCUCUCGGACACCCCCAGAACGUGACCUCAUCACUGCAACUGACCCACUGGGGCCCAGCACAGGCAGUAGUAGAGUUGAGAUGGCGCUCGCAGAUCCCCCUUGGGACUUCUCUCCACCUUCCUUCUUGGAGACCUCCUCCCCUAAGCUUCCUAGUUGGAGACCCCCAAGGUCAAGAACCCGCUGGGGCCAGUCCCCUCCUCCCCAGCAGCGUAGUGAUGGGGAGGAAGAGGAGGAGCUGGCUGGCUUCAGCAGUGAGAUGCUUGCUGGGGAGCUUAACAACUCUGUGAGCAGCAUCCCAGACUUCCCCAUGCACCUAGCCAGUCCUGAGGAGGAAGAGAAAACAGCAGCAGCAGCAGAGAUGGCAGUACAGGCAGCUGGAGACGAGAGCAUCUCCUCCUUGAGUGAGCUGGUGCGGGCCAUGCACCCGUACUGCCUGCCCAACCUCACCCACCUGACAGCGCUCGAGGAUGAGCUUCAGGAGCAGCCAGAUGACUUGACACUGCCUGAGGAUUGUGUGGUGCUGGAGAUUGUGGGUCAGGCGGCCACAGCUGGCAAUGACCUGGAGAUCCCAGUUGUGGUGCGACAGAUCCCUGCUGGCCCCCAGCCUGUGCUCCUGGAUGACACACUAGAGGUCAGUCCGGCCUUGCAGCUGCUCAUGCCACCACUAGAGGUGGAGACAGAGGUUGCUGUUCCCAAGGAAACCCUCUGCCCUAAGGAUGAGGGCUUGUCACUGGACUCAAAGGAAAAGUUGGAGUCAGCCUCCAUGUUGGAGCCCAGGGAGGUCAUGGAGCCGUUGGUGCCCAAGGGGCCUCAGAACCCACCAGCCAACACAAUGCUAAGUUCCCAGAGGGCUCGAAAGGGCAGGAGGAAGAAGAGCAAGGAGCAGCCAGCUGCCUGUGCAGAGGGCUACACCAGGAGGCUGAGGUCGGCCUCUCGUGGGCAGUCUACAGCUGUUCCAGAGGUGACCUCUCAAGGAGGCAGCCUGCCUCAGGAGGACCUUCAAAGAGAGAUUGGGCCUCCCCAUGGUAGAGGGAAGCCCCGAGCUUGGGCUCGGGCCUGGGCAGCUGCCUUGGAGAAGCCCAGCUCUGUGAACUUGGAGAGCAGUACUGAGCAAGCUAGUCCUGUUAAAGAAGACCCUGUAGACCUCUGCCCCAGCCUGGUUGACCCUAUCCAAGCCAACCCUGUUUCAACGCAUCUCUCACUGGUUGACUCUGCUCAAGCUGACCCCAUGCCACUUGACUCUGUUGAAGCUGAUUGCACUGUAGUUGACCCUGGUCCCACUACGACUGACACUGAACCUGUUGACCCUGUGCUAACUAACCUUGCUUCAGCGAACUCAGAGCUGGUUGACCCUCUCCCAGCUGAUGCAGUCCUGGCUGACUCAGCAGCAGCUGACCCUGCAGUGGUUGUUCCCAUCUCAGAUGACUUGUCUCCAGUUGACCCUGUCCUGGUCAAGUCAGUACAGGUUGACUCUGUUCCCAAUGACCUGUCUCCAGUUGACCCUGUACUGGUUAAGUCUAGGCCAACUGAUCCCAGACGUGGUGCAGUAUCAUCAGCCCAGAGGAAUCCAGGUGGCCAGCUCCUCCUAGAAUCAGAGUCCUCAGAACCCCCAAAGGACAACAGUCCUGAAGUCAGGGAGGUUGUAGGUCCUCUGAAGGGAGAAACUGGUACCAGUACCACAACCCAGGAAGUCAGGCCUCGGCCUCUUAGCCUAUCUGAGUACCGGCGACGAAGGCAGCAGCGCCAGCCAGAGGCCGAAGAGAGGACCCUUCAGCCUCCCACUGGGAAGUGGCCCAGCCUCCCAGAAACUCCCACAGGGCUGGCAGACAUCCCUUGUCUUGUCAUCCCUCCAGCCCCAGCCAAGAAGACAGCUCCGCAGAGAAGUCCUGAGGCUCCUCCUGAGGCUUGCUUUGGGUCUGUGGGCCCCAGCCCUGCCUCUCCUAGUCCUGAGCCACCUGUGAGCAAACCUAUGGCCUCAGCUCCUACUGAGCAGGUGCCAUCCCAAGAGAAACUGCUGCCAGCAAGACUGCCACCUCCUGCUGUGCAGCCCAUGCCCCCCACAAUGCCCACUGCUCUGCCUUUUCCAACUGGUGGGCUGGGCAUGACUCCUGUGCUGCCCCUUCCCACAAAUGGGCAAGCUGUGCCCAAUCUGCCUCCACCACCCUUGCAGCCUCCUAAUGUUCCGAUGUCUCUGGGGCCAGUGCCACCUGAUCCCUAUACUCACUAUGCCCCUGUGCCACCCUGGCCUUGUUAUCCUCCUGUGUCCCCUUCUGGCUAUCCUUGCCUGCCCCCCCCACCAACGGUGCCCAUAGUGUCUGGUACUCCAGGUGCCUAUGCUGUGCCCCCCACUUGUAAUGUGCCUUGGGUACCUCCUCCUGCCCCAGUCCCACCGUAUAAUUCCAACUGUAGCUACGGGCCCUUGGGAUGGGGCCCAGGGCUGCAACACCCUCCGUUCUGGCCUGCUGUUCCCCCACCUCCUUUGCCACUAACCUCAGUUGGAAGAGUUGUCCCCCCACCCAAGGUGGAGCCUGGUGGCAUCCCAGCUGGCUCUCCUGAAAGUGUGCCAGCUGUGCCAAUGGCUCCUCCCCUCAGUCUUGGGGCAGCUGGCCAGGGAGCUCCACAGACAGAGCCCACCAAGGUGGAGGUCAAGCCAGUGCCUGCAUCUCCCCAUCUGAAACACAAGGCGUCCUCCCCAGUGCACAGCCCUCGGAUCAAGGCUCCACCAUGUGUGUCUGCUGAGAAUGUGGCUGUUGAGGAGCCUGCAUCAGAGAGGCUAAAGCCUGAGCCACAGGAGACUAGGCCCAAGGAGAAACCACCCUCUCCUGUUGCCAAGGCUGUUCCCACACCGGCACCAAGGCAGGGUGCUACCACCAAACUGCCUGCUGUCCACCCAGCCCGUCUAAGGAAACUGUCCUUUCUACCUACCCCUCGUACCCAGGGUCCUGAGGCCGUGGUGCAGGCUUUCAUCAGUGAGAUUGGAAUUGAGGCGUCAGACCUGUCCAGUCUGCUGGAGCAAUUUGAGAAAUCAGAAGCCAAAAAGGAGUGCCCUCCCCCGGCUCCUGCUGACAGCCUGGCUGUAGGAAACUCAGGCAGCGUUGACACUCCCCAGGAGAAGAGGCCCCUAGACCGGUUACAAGCCCCAGAACUGGCCAACGUGGCAGGGCUCACCCCUCCAGCUACCCCUCCCCAUCAGUUAUGGAAGCCCCUGGCUGCUGUCUCUCUGCUGGCCAAAGCCAAAUCUCCUAAGUCCACCGCCCAGGAGGGAACCCUGAAGCCUGAAGGAAUUACAGAGGCCAAACAUCCAGCUGCAGCCCGCCUCCACGAAGGGGUCCGUGGCCCUAGUCCAGUCCAUGUGGGCUCUGGGGACCAUGACUAUUGUGUUCGGAGCAGGACCCCCCCAAAAAAGACGUCUGCCCUAGUCAUUCCAGAGGUGGGCUCCCGAUGGAACGUCAAACGCCAUCAGGAUAUCACCAUCAAGCCUGUCUUGUCCCUGGGCUCAGUCACCUCUGUGCCUCCAGGCACAGCUGCCUCCCAGAAGCCACUUGAUCACAGGACUAGCAAAGAGCAGGCAGAUCCCCAAACUCCUUGCCUUGCCCCAUCUGCCUUGCUGUCCCCUGAGGCCUCACCCUGCCGGAAUGACAUGAACACUAGGACUCUCCCUGAUCCCUCAGCCAAGCAGCAGUCAGUGCGCUGUUAUCGAAAAGCCUGCAGGUCAGCCAGCCCCCCAAGCCGGGGCUGGCAAGGCCGCCGUGGCCGCAGCAGCCGUUCUGUCAGCUCUGGGUCCACCCGGACCAGCGAAGCAUCUUCCUCCUCAUCCUCAUCGUCGUCUUCCUCAUCCCGAUCCCGGUCCCGGUCCCGGUCCCUCUCCCCCCCACACAAGAGGUGGCGAAGGUCCAGUUGCAGUUCUUCUGGACGUUCCCGAAGAUGCUCUUCCUCUUCCUCCUCCUCAUCUUCCUCCUCCUCUUCCUCAUCCUCAUCAUCUAGUUCCCGAAGCCGAUCCCGCUCUCCAUCUCCUCGCCGGAGAAGUGACAGGAGGCGGCGGUACAGUUCUUAUCGUUCACACGACCAUUACCAAAGGCAGAGAGUUCUGCAGAAGGAGCGUGCAAUAGAAGAGAGAAGAGUGGUCUUCAUUGGGAAGAUACCUGGCCGCAUGACUCGGUCAGAGCUGAAACAGAGGUUCUCUGUUUUUGGGGAGAUUGAGGAGUGCACCAUCCACUUCCGUGUCCAAGGUGACAACUAUGGCUUCGUCACUUAUCGGUAUGCCGAGGAGGCAUUUGCAGCCAUUGAGAGCGGCCACAAGCUGAGGCAGGCGGAUGAACAGCCCUUUGAUCUCUGCUUUGGGGGCCGCAGGCAGUUCUGCAAGAGAAGCUAUUCUGAUCUUGACUCCAACCGGGAAGACUUUGACCCUGCUCCUGUAAAGAGCAAAUUUGAUUCUCUUGACUUUGACACAUUGUUGAAACAGGCCCAGAAGAACCUCAGGAGGUAACCCUGGGCCCUUCUCCCCCAUCCCCUUUUCUUUGGAGGUGCCCAACCUCCUCCAUUCCCCUCCCCCAGUCUAGGGGAGAGAGCUGCUAGCGAGGAGAUGACUGUUUUCUAAAGAAAUGGAAAAAAAGUGAAAUAAAAAUGUAAU